UCCUGCUGGGCCGGAGGGCGGGCCGGCGAAGGAGAGCAGCCAAGCCGGGGGCUGGUCUGGGCCUCCCUGACAGCGGCGGGUGGAGCCUGCGGCGGGAGGCCGGGAAGAGAAGAAGAGGCGGCGGAAGAACAGCCGCCGCCGUCGAGGUUCAGUGGCUGCUCGGGAGAAGCGCAGAGCGCGCCGCCGCUUCUUUCCCGCCCGCCCGCGUUGCUUGCCCGCCCAGCAGGCUCAGUCGGCACAAAGAGAUCGGCCGCUGGCGCGCGGCUCCAGCCAGCUGCUCGGGUCCGGGACGGGCAGCGCCAUGGCCGGCUACGUGCCGGGGCAACUGCCGCUCAACCGCAGCCAGGAAAAGGAGUUCGUGCAGGCGUACGAGGAUGUCCUGGAGCGCUACAAAGAUGAACGGGAUCGAGUCCAGAAAAAGACCUUCACCAAAUGGGUGAAUAAGCACCUGAUGAAGGUGCGCAAGCACAUCAAUGACCUCUACGAGGACCUGCGAGAUGGCCACAACCUCAUCUCUCUAUUGGAGGUUCUCUCUGGUGUCAAACUGCCACGGGAAAAGGGCCGGAUGCGGUUCCACCGACUACAGAAUGUGCAGAUUGCCCUCGACUUCCUGAAGCAACGGCAGGUGAAGCUGGUGAACAUUCGCAACGAUGACAUAACAGAUGGGAAUCCCAAACUGACAUUGGGGCUGAUCUGGACUAUUAUCUUGCACUUCCAGAUCUCCGACAUCUACAUCAGCGGAGAGUCGGGAGAUAUGUCCGCCAAAGAGAAGCUCCUUCUAUGGACACAGAAGGUGACGUCAGGCUACGUGGGGGUGAAGUGCACCAACUUCUCAUCCUGCUGGAGUGAUGGAAAGAUGUUCAAUGCUAUUAUUCACAGAUAUAGGCCGGAUCUAGUGGAUAUGGAGAGAGUUCAGAUUCAGAGCAGCCGAGAGAAUCUGGAACAGGCCUUCGAGAUUGCAGAGCGGCUGGGGGUCACCAGGUUGCUGGAUGCAGAAGAUGUGGAUGUUCCCUCACCAGAUGAAAAAUCUGUGAUAACAUAUGUGUCUUCAAUUUACGACGCCUUUCCCAAAGUCCCAGAGGGAGGAGAAGGCAUCAGUGCCACUGAAGUGGACACAAGGUGGUUGGAAUACCAGAACCACGUGCAAUCGCUCAUCUCCUGGAUCAAGCAGCACACGAUAACUAUGUCUGACAAAUCUUUUCCCCAGAACCCUGUAGAGCUCAAGGCACUUUAUAACCAGUACAUACACUUCAAAGAAACGGAGAUCCCAGGAAAACAGCAUGAAAAACGAAGCAUUGAGGAGCUGUAUAAACUGCUGGAGGCCUGGAUUGAAUUUGGCCGCAUUAAGCUGCCACAGGGUUACCACCCCAAUGACGUGGAAGAAGAAUGGGGCAAGCUCAUCAUAGAGAUGUUGGAGUGCGAGAAGUUGCUGCGGCCGGCUGUGGAAAGGUUGGAGUUGCUACUGCAGAUUGCAAACAAAAUCCAGAAUGGGACUCUCAGCUGUGAAGAGAAGCUCACCCUGGCAAGGAACACUCUGCAAGCUGAUGAGGCGCACCUGGAGUCAGGCCAGCUGGUGCAAUAUGAAUCCGACGUCAUCAUGUACCUCCAUGAGUGCGAAGGGCUCAUCUGCCAACUACAAGGAGAUGCUCAGAUACUCCGGGAUGAAAACUACUACCAGUUGGAGGAGCUGGUCUUCAAGGUUGUGAGGCUUCAAGACGAGCUGGUUACCUUGAGGCUCGAAUGCACCAACCUGUACCGGAAGGGGCACUUCUCCUCCUUGGACUUUGUCCAGCCUUCCUCCCUGAGCACCAGGCACCUUAAGACUGAGCCUUUGCUGAAGGGAAUGCACACGGCAGCAACCACUGCCUCCACUUCCUGCUUCCGGAAGCCGAUGACCCGCGCAGAGCUGGUGGCCAUUUCAUCCUCUGAAGAUGAGGGCAACCUCCGGUUUGUUUACGAACUGCUCUCCUGGGUGGAAGAGAUGCAGAUGAAGCUGGAGCGGGCUGAAUGGGGGAGUGACUUGCCAAGUGUUGAAUCCCAACUGGACGUCCAGCACCAUGUCCACAGCAGUGUUGAAGACCUGGGCUCCAGCGUGAAAGAGGCCCGGAUGUAUGAGGGUAAAAUGUCUCAGAAUUUCCACACUAGUUACACAGAGACAUUGGGGAAGCUGGAGACCCAGUACUGCAAACUGAUGGAAACCUCCAGCUUCCGACUGCGCCAUCUCCAGAGUUUGUACAAGUUUGUGUCUCAAGCAACAACUGAGUUAAUUUGGCUAAACGAAAAGGAAGAGGAGGAGCUGGCAUACGACUGGAGUGACAAUAACCCCAAUAUGACUGCCAAAUGGAAUUAUUUCUCAGAGCUUACAAUGGAGCUAGAAGAGAAACAGGACGUGUUUCGCUCCCUGCAAGACACAGCUGAGAUAUUAUCGUUGGAGAAUCACCCAGCCAAGCAGACUGUGGAGGCAUAUAGUGCAGCAGUACAGACUCAGUGGCAGUGGAUCAAGCAGCUAUGCUUGUGUGUGGAUCAGCAUGUGAAGGAGAACACAGCGUACUUUCAGUUCUUCAGCGAUGCCCGGGAUUCAGAGACAUACUUGAGGAACCUCCAAGAUACCAUCAAACGGAAGUAUUCUUGUGACUGCCACACCAGCUUGACACGCCUGGAGGACCUGCUCCAGGAUUCCAUGGAUGAAAAAGAGCAGCUGAUCCAGUCCAAGAGUUCUGUUGCCAGCUUAGUGGGUCGGUCCAAAAGCAUUGUGCAGCUGAAGCCCCGAAACCCUGACCAUGUUUUGAAGAAUACCAUCUCUGUGAAGGCUAUCUGUGAUUAUCGCCAAAUUGAGAUCACCAUCUGUAAGAAUGACGAGUGUGUGCUGGAAGACAAUUCCCAGCGAACCAAGUGGAAAGUGAUCAGCCCCACCGGAAAUGAGGCCAUGGUCCCAUCUGUUUGCUUCUUGGUACCCCCUCCCAACAGAGAGGCCAUUGAUGUGGCCAGCAGAGUGGAACAGCUAUACCAGAAAGUGAUGGCCCUGUGGCACCAGCUCCAUGUAAACAUGAAGAGCCUUGUCUCCUGGAACUAUUUGAGAAAAGACAUCUCUCUGGUGCAAAGCUGGAAUAUGGAGAAGCUCAGGGCCCUGGCCCCAGGGGAAUGCCACCAGUGCAUGAGGAACCUUCAGGUGCACUGUGAGGACUUCUUGGAGGACAGCCGGGAUUCAGAGCUCUUCUCCGUAGCUGAUCGGCUGCGCCUGGAGGAGGAAGUAGACUCAUGCAAAGAGCAAUUCCAGCAGCUUUUGCAAUCAAUGGAAAAUGAGGACAAAGAUGAGACGGCUUCUCGGACGUACCUCUCUGAGCUAAAGAAUAUCCGCCUUCAUCUGGAGGAAUGUGAACAACGUCUGGUGGGCACCAUCCGGACACCAAGCAGCACUAGAACAGAUGGGGAUGCCCUGCAGGAAAAUGCUUUCCGGAUUGCUGAGCAGGAGCGAUUGAAGGAGGACUUGGACCAUUUGAAGGUCGACAUGGAGCAACUUUCUGAAAGAUGCAACAUUUUCUUGCACAAGUCUCCAACUGGAUCAAGCACCCCACAUCUUCGUUCUGAGCUUAACCUGCUGGUGGAAAAGAUGGACCACGUCUAUGGGCUCUCAACUAUCUAUCUGGACAAGUUAAAGACGGUUGAUGUUAUCAUUCGCAAUACCCAAGCAGCGGAGUCUUUGGUCAAAGGCUACGAGGUUAAACUGAGUCAAGAAGAGGCUGUGCCCACUGACCUAAGCGCCAUUCAUUCUCACCGAACCACAUUACAGCAAUGGAUCAGUGAAGUGAAUGAUAAGAGCAACAUCUUUGCAGUGUUGGAAGAUGACUUGUCAAGAGCUAAAGUUGUGGCGGACCAGCUGUACCAUUUGAAGCAGGAGUGCAGUCUUGACCUGGAGCGCUACCAGGAGAAAGGGUCGCAGCUGUGGGAUCGCUGGCAGAGGGUCAGCCUGCAGAUGGAUACUCGCCGAUCAGAGCUGGAGAGUAUAGAGGAAGUACUGACUGAUUACCGGAAUUGUCAUGGGGCACUAAUCCAGUGGAUUGAGAUGACCACAACCCAGCAAGAGCUGAUGAAACCUGGACAAGCAGAGGAUAGCAGGGUCCUUUCAGAGCAACUCAGUCAACAGAUGGCGCUGUUUGCUGAAAUAGAAGCAAAUCAAGCCAAACUGGACCAGUGUCAUAAACUAUCUCAGCAAUACUCAGCAGCUGUUAAGGACUACGAAUUGCAGCUGAUGACAUAUCGUGCCUUUGUGGAAUCUCAGCAGAAGUCCCCUGUGAAGCGCCGGCGCAUGCUCUCCUCCUCCGAUGCCAUUACGCAAGAGUUCAUGGAUUUGCGUACACACUACACGGCUCUGGUCACGUUGACCACACAGCAUGUGAAGUACAUCAGUGAUGCCCUCCGGCGCCUGGAAGAGGACGAAAAAGUUGUAGAAGAAGAGAAGCAAGAGCAUGUGGACAAGGUGAAAAAACUCCUGGGCUGGGUCACAAGUUUCCAGCAGAAUGCACAGUUCAGAAGUGCCCCACCAAAGAGCAAAGGACUAGGAGAUAUUGAGAAGUCCAUCUUGGAGCAGCAGGUUCUGAAUGAGGAACUGGCUGCAAAGAAGGAGCAAGUCUCAGAAGCGAUCAAAACCGCUCAGAUCUUCCUUGCAAAGCACAGUCACAAGCUUUCAGGCCAGGAGAAGGAACACAUUUUGACCCAGCUGAAUGAUCUCAAGGAGACUUAUGAUCAGCUCUGCUCUGACUCUGUGGAACAGCUCCAGCAGCUUCAAAGUCACAUGGCCCAGGAGACGGCCCAUAAGGGACCUGAGACUGUUGCUGGAGUGCUAGACCUAGGCACAAUGGAAGUGUUUCCUGUUUUUGGGGCCAUGCAGAAAGGUCUCCUAGACCAAGAAACAGGCCUUAUACUGUUGGAAGCCCAGGUGAUCACAGCUGGACUUGUGGUCCCCAGUACCAGUGAAAAGCUCUCUUUGGCAGAUGGCCUGGCACGAGGCGUCAUAAACUACAGGACCUACCAGCUGCUGCAGGAACUGCAGAGUGCCACCCAUCUGGUCCGCAUUCCUGAUGUCAAAGGCAAGCAGUUUCUUCCUGUUGUGGCCGCCAUGGAGGAUGGAACAAUCAGUGAAAGCAUUGGGCUGAAAAUCUCAGAAGUACAGCUUCUCACUGGAGGGUUUAUAGACCCUUCCAGCCUUGGGAGAAUCAGCUUAGAAGAGGCUCUUCAAAGAGGCAGCAUCACCACCCACCUUCAUGGGAAGUUGGCUUCUCGCCUGAGAUCUUGCAAGGAGUUGAUUGACCCCAAUUCAGCCAAGAAAAUUAGCCUGAGUGACCUGAUGCAGCAAUGCAUCCUUCACCAAGAAACAGGACUGAGGUUGUUCCCAGUGAAGCAGCUAGCUGGUGGGAUGGUGAGCUUAACGUCAGGCCGGAAGGUGAGCAUCUUCCGUGCAGUGCAGGAAGGGCUGAUAGAGAAGCAGGUGACGGUGAGGCUACUGGAAGCCCAGCUCUUUGCUGGGGGCAUCGUGGACCCCAAAAGCAGCCAUCGAUUGACUGUGGAUGAAGCCAUAAGACAUAAUCUGAUUGAUCAAGAUCUGGCUUGUGCCCUUUUGGUCCGACAGCUGCAGAAUGGUGGGAUUAUAGAUACAGUUACGGGAGAGAGACUUUCACUAGAUGAAGCUGUAAGGAAAGACUUGGUAGAAUCAAGAAUUGCUGUGGUGAUCCUGGAAUCCCUUUGGUCAUUUAUGGGUCUUUUGAGGCCAGAGUCAGGAGAGAUUCUCCCGGUUGCAGAUGCCCUGGAGCAAGGUACCUUGUCUGAUGAGCUGGCCCACAAGAUUCUAAGCAACAGGCAAUGCAUUGAGGCACUUUUUAUACCAGAAACCAGAGAGAUCGUGCCUUGGCAGAAAGCUGCUGUUCGUGGGAUCCUGGACAGAGAUGCCAUUGAGAAACUAAAAUCAACCCACCUUCCUGACGUCAUGCCAAAUAUGCCCCUGGCAGACUCGCCAAGCAGAUGGAAAAAGAGUAUCCCUUCCUCAGAUAGCCCAACCUAUCAUAAGGACCAAAGCGAGUGUCCACUAAAGAAUUGUGAAGAAAGGAUGUUGUUUUAUUUGAUGACCCGCAGCUAUAUCAACAUCCACAAUGGCCAAAAAUUGCUACUUGUAGAUGAGGAAUUAAGUAACCUUGUUGAAAUGCUUGUGCCAGCUGAAGAGAAUGGCUCUAACACUCAUUCCUUAAAAUAUAGCAAAAACCAGUCCCAACAAUGGGAUGAUUUUGAGGACAGGAAGACUACAGUUGCUGGUGCUGAACCCCAUAAUGAAUUAGCUUUAAAGGAGCUUGAAUUUAAUUUAUCUGUGUCCAAAAAAGAGCUUGAGAGACAUCUGCUCUCAGAAGUUUAUCCACCUAAUGAAAUGGUUGAAAUGGAAACUGGAAAACCUCCAGUAAAAAAUUUAGAAAGAAGUGUGAAUGUGAAGAAGCAAGAGGUGAAAGUGGAUCCUAUGGGAGACCUUAAACAUGAAAUGGAUGAUCCCCAAAGAGAGGAAGAACUGAUGAAGAAGCAAGAGGUGAAAGUAGAUCCUGUGGGAGACCUUAAACGUGAAAUGGAUGAUCCCCAAAGAGAGGAAGAACUGAUGAAGAAGCAAGAGGUGAAUGUGGAUCCUGUGGGAGACCUUAAACGUGAAAUGGAUGAUCCCAGAAGAGAGAAAGAACUGAUGAAGAAGCAAGAGGUGAAAGUGGAUCCUAUGGGAGACCUUAAACAUGAAAUGGAUGAUCCCCAAAGAGAGAAAGAACUGAUGAAGAAGCAAGAGGUGGAAGUGGAUCCUGUGGGAGACCUUAAACGUGAAAUGGAUGAUCCCAGAAGAGAGAAAGAACUGAUGAAGAAGCAAGAGGUGAAAGUGGAUCCUGUGGGAGACCUUAAACAUGAAAUGGAUGAUCCCAGAAGAGAGAAAGAACUGAUGAAGAAGCAAGAGGUGGAAGUAGAUCCUGUGGGAGACCUUAAACAUGAAAUGGAUGAUCCCCCAAGAGAGGAAGAACUGAUGAAGAAGCAAGAGGUGAAAGUGGAUCCUAUGGGAGACCUUAAACGUGAAAUGGAUGAUCCCAGAAGAGAGGAAGAACUGAUGAAGAAGCAAGAGGUGAAAGUGGAUCCUGUGGGAGACCUUAAACGUGAAAUGGAUGAUCCCAGAAGAGAGAAAGAACUGAUGAAGAAGCAAGAGGUGAAAGUGGAUCCUGUGGGAGACCUUAAACAUGAAAUGGAUGAUCCCAGAAGAGAGAGAGAACUUAUGAAGAAGCAAGAGGUGAAAGUGGAUCCUAUGGGAGACCUUAAACAUGAAAUGGAUGAUCCCAGAAGAGAGGAAGAACUGAUGAAGAAGCAAGAGGUGGAAGUGGAUCCUGUGGGAGACCUUAAACGUGAAAUGGAUGAUCCCAGAAGAGAGGAAGAACUGAUGAAGAAACAAGUGGUGAAAGUGGAUCCUAUGGGAGACCUUAAACAUGAAAUGGACGAUCCCAGAAGAGAGGAAGAACUGAUGAAGAAGCAAGAGGUGAAAGUGGAUCCUGUGGGAGACCUUAAACAUGAAAUGGAUGAUCCCAGAAGAGAGAAAGAACUUAUGAAGAAGCAAGAGGUGAAAGUGGAUCCUAUGGGAGACCUUAAACAUGAAAUGGAUGAUCCCAGAAGAGAGGAAGAACUGAUGAAGAAACAAGUGGUGAAUGUGGAUCCUAUGGGAGACCUUAAACGUGAAAUGGAUGAUCCCAGAAGAGAGGAAGAACUGAUGAAGAAGCAAGAGGUGGAAGUGGAUCCUAUGGGAGACCUUAAACGUGAAAUGGAUGAUUCCAGAAGAGAGAAAGAACUGAUGAAGAAGCAAGAGGUGAAAGUGGAUCCUAUGGGAGACCUUAAACGUGAAAUGGAUGAUCCCAGAAGAGAGGAAGAACUGAUGAAGAAACAAGUGGUGAAUGUGGAUCCUAUGGGAGACCUUAAACGUGAAAUGGAUGAUCCCAGAAGAGAGGAAGAACUGAUGAAGAAGCAAGAGGUGGAAGUGGAUCCUAUGGGAGACCUUAAACGUGAAAUGGAUGAUUCCAGAAGAGAGAAAGAACUGAUGAAGAAGCAAGAGGUGGAAGUGGAUCCAAUGGGAGACCUUAAACGUGAAAUGGAUGAUCCCCAAAGAGAGGAAGAACUGAUGAAGAAGCAAGAGGUGGAAGUGGAUCCUAUGGGAGAACUUAAACGUGAAAUGGAUGAUUCCAGACAAAAAGAAGAACUGAUGAUGAUCCAGAGCAGGACUGAAAUGGACUUUCCAGUGUGCAAAUCCAUACAGGACUCUAGCUUUGAAAUGGAAUCCAUAGAUGUGGAGAUCACAUGGGAAGAUAAGUUUGCCAAACUAUUGACAGAAGAGAUGGCUUUAAAAGAACAGGAGACUAAAAUUGAAAGACAUCAUGUUGAAAAAGAAAAAAACAUCAUGUCCACAGUUGAUGUGGAGAAGAUGGAGAAAUCUCAAAACUUGAAAGGGAAUGCUCUUGAACAUGUCACCGCAGCAGAAGAUGCAGCAGGAGCUGGAUCUGUGAACUGGUUAAAUAUUGGAAAAGUGGAAAAUGAGUCAGUAGAAAGCCUUCUUUAUCAUGCUGAUGGGAAAUCUACAGAUGAGCGUAUUAAGGAAGGACAGUUGGGUAUAGAAAAAAGAGUGGCUCAUUUCCAUCAAACUUACAGUUCUGCAUCACCAAAACUGUCCACAGACUUGAAAGAAGACAACACUCUGAGAAUGCUGCUAAUGCAGCUUCAAGACGGUGGCAUAAUUCACGAACAGACAGGGAAGAAAAUGCUCCUGGAUGAGGCCAUUGCCUGUGGAGCUGUGCCCAGCCCUACAGCCAUCAAACUGAUGGAUGAGAUGAAAACGUUCAGUGGCUUCUUUGAUGCUGAGACCCAUGAAUCAUUAACCACUGAAGAGGUAAUUGGUGAAGGACUGAUGGAUGAGAAACUUCUGCAGAAGGUGUUGACAUCUGAUAAAGCCAUCAGUGGUGUUAUAGAUCCAGUUCACAAAACCAUUUGCUCUGUCCAGGAUGCAUCUGAGGUUGGUCUUUUGGACAAAGAAACUGCUGCACGAAUCCUGGAAGGGCAAGUCAUUACUGGUGGAAUUGUUGACUUCAAGCGUGGCAAGAAAAUGUCAGUCACGUUGGCUUUCAACCAUGGCCUUAUACAGCAACCUACGCAAGAAGAUCUUAAGAAGUUAGAGAAAGCAUGUAAGGGUAAAGGGGCUGACGAUGCAACCAAAGAGAAGCUGAUCACUUUGCAGGCUGAAAUACGUGGCAUCUUAGAUCCCAUAACUAAAGAACCUUUGACAAUCACCCAGGCUGUGGAAAAGGGAUUUCUAGCCAAGGAGAAAGCCUUCCAACUCCUUACCAAGCAGAUAGCUGAUGGAGGGAUUCUUCACCACAAGACAAGCAUGAGGCUUUCAGUAGAGGAUGCUAUGGAGCAUGGAUUGAUUGGCCAAGGCCUCUAUGAAGAUCUCAAAAAGGCUGAAAGUGUGUGUCUGCAUCGGUAUAUUCAUCCAGAAACAAAGGAACUUAUGUCCCUACCUCCAGCCACACCCCUGGGAUUCAUCAGCUCAGAUUUUCAAAGCCAUGUUCAAGGAAUACAAGCCUCAACUGGAAGCAUAUUUGAUCCUGUUUCUGGCCAGAAAAUUACUCUGACUAAAGCUGUGAAGGAAGGGUUAUUGCCCAAGAAGGUUAUGGAGAAAGCCAACACAUCCUCUGAAAUGAAUCAUGCAAUAAUUGAUCCAGAGAGCUGUAGAUUAGUCCCCUAUUCAGAGCUGGUCAGGAAAAGCAAAAUUGACAUUGAAUCAGGUCGGAGAUAUUUAGAAAUUGUUCCCUUUCGAGACAUCAAGGAUGAAGUGACCGGGAAUGUACUCUCGUGUCCACAGGCAAUUAAGGUUGGCAAGGUAGACCUCAGGCUUGCAUUGAGGUUGUUGCAAGCUCAAGCAGACACAGGUGGCAUCAUGGAAACUUCAACCGGCCAAAGGUUGACGCUGGCAUCUGCUUUGGAACGAGAAGUGCUGGAUAAAGAUACAGCAACACUCAUUGCUGUUAAUCAGAUCUUGGCUGGAGGGAUCAUUGACACUGAGAGCGGAGAACGAGUCAGGUUAGAAGAGGCUGUUGAGAGAGACUUAGUCAGCAAGGAAUUAGCCAGUGCAGUUCAAGUAAGUGUUCCAAUAACCAGUGAUGAAUCUGGACAUGAGGACCUGGAAGAACGUGAAGGUUACCAGCCUCAGCGGUUGCUGCAAAAUGGAACCUCAGAGUCUGGAGUAUUGGCCGUUUGUGAAUAUGUGACUGAGAAUCAUGAUGAAAAAGAGACUCCAGUGCUUUUGGCUAUGGAGUGCACCCCAACUGAUGACACCACUAACAAUUAUUUGAAAGGGAUUCAGGAAAUGCCGAAAGGAGUGGUUGAAUCAGUGCCACCCUCCUUUCCUUUUGCUUCAGCACUGGAUAAUUUGGCUAGUCAGCUUUUAGCAGAAGGCAAGCUGGCACCCGAGCUUGCCUUAAUACUAGACCCAGUCGAUGGCAUGCAGGUAAAAGCUCAGAAAAAAAAAGUUAGGAGGAAAAGCAAGUUGAGAGGGGAAGAACUCUUGAAAGGAAAGUUAGAAAAGCAAGCAGGAAAUGAGCAGAUGAUUGAAAAGAAAUUGGAAGGAAUUGUAUCUCAGGAGGAGAAGUCUAUAAUGGAUGUAGGGAUGUGCCAGACAAUUAAUGGGGACCAGGAACUACAGGAGAAAACAUUUGCUCAGGAAGAGAAUGCUACUGGAGCCCUUGUCUUCCAGAAAGCUCAGGGAAUCGUGUGCUUGGAACCUCUGGAGAUGUCAACAUCAAAGAAACUUGCUUCUGUAGGUCAGACAGAGGAAGAAAAUGUUUGCAGAAAUUCUGAAGAACCUUCCACAGCUUCAGAGCCCAAGAAGCUAGCCUCAGAUGAGAUACUAUUUGGGGACGUGAAGACUGAACUACCAUGUCCUGGGUCUGAAUUGAGACCUCGAGAUCUUAGCACUUCAGAAAAUAUUGACUUAAAAACCACUAAGAAGAAGAAAACAAAAAAGAAUAAAAAGCCGGCUGCUGUUCCAACAGAACCAGUUAGGGUUUGUGACUCUUCCGAAGGAAGUCUAUCCCUUCCUACCCCAGAUGCCAAGGGAACCUUGAUGGAAAGGAUCAAGGAGGAGUUGACCUCUGGAGUUCAAGAAUCCUUCAAGGAGAAUAUAUCUGGCAGAGUGGCGAGCAGUCCGGUCACAACAGAACAAGUGGAGGUAAAGAGACCAGAUCUGCAGGCAUUUGGAAAAGAGAAAAAGCACGUGAGCAUUAAAGAGAACAUCACAGAUGACCAGAAAGUGAAAAUUAUCCCAAAGACAGAUGCACCCAGAGAAUUAACAGAGCGAGACACUAAAACUUACCAAGAUUCUUUGGUAGUGGAAGAUAUGCUAGAAGAAGAAGAAUCUCAAGAAAAGACCAAAGAACCAUUCAUCUCAAAAGACCAGGUGCCCAUGGUGAGUGCCAUAGAUGGCACAGAAUCCUCUGGGUCUUCUGUGCUCAAUACAGAGGCCCUGAAAAACAGAGAUAUCUUAAAAGGCAAGAUAAGUCGUUAUCCUUCUGUGCCUUCACUCAGACAAGAGGAUACUGUCCAGGAGAUAACAGGAGAAGAUGGAAGCAUUGCUGUCAAAAGAGUGUCUGUUGAUGCAGGAGCAGAGGAGAGGCAUCAAGCUGGCUUUAAGGGAGACAAGAUAGUUGGGCCAGAGACGCAGAUGCUGGAAGACCACGAGUUUCCGGAAAGCGAGAGGAAUUUCUCUACACCAAAAGCAGCCGUGCAAGAGAAUGAAGUCCUGAAAAUGACCAGAGAAAGCAACUGUGUGGUUGAAGGUGAUGGAGAGGAGAGAUGGCAAGAGUCUCCUAAACCAGCCAAGGCUCCACAUAGCAAACAACUUUGUCUCAACUAUGAUGAGAAAUUGGUUGCGUUCCUGUCCAGAGUGCGCGACAUUGAGAUGCGCAUCCAGCGGGUUCCGGUUGCGGAACUGAACUUAGGAGCCCUGCGGGAUCUGCUUCACCAAGCUACGGCCUUGGACGCAGAGUUGAAGAACUUGUCAGCUCCAGUAAAUCGGGAGCUGGAAGCUGUGAAAGGGAUUCUGUCCAGCCCUCCCCAAGAGGUCCCUGAGCAAUUACUGAAGGCUUUGGCGAAGGACGCCAAGAACCUUCAGAAAUCUUUUGGCUCCAUCAGCAAGGCAGUGGCCUCUUGGCUGCUGAGCCUGAACACUGCGGCAGAAGCAGAAAAGGCUAAAAUCCUAAUGCAUCACGAGAAGCUCCAGAGCAGGCUGGAAGAGCUGCUGCGCUGGGCGUCUGACACCACACAGUUACUUAACAGUCUUGAAUCCCACACGAAAACUGAUGCCAGCAGUUUGAAUUCCUGCCUUCAGAGCUACAAGGAGCUGAAGAAGCCCUUUGCAGAUAGCAAAGCUCAGCUCGAUGCAACAGCCUUUGACAUUCAGUUCUUCAUUUCUGAGCAUGCUCAAGACUUGACCCCGGAGCAAAGCAGGCAGCUGUUAAGGCUGCUAAACGAACUGCAGAUGUCCUUCCGGGAGCUUUCAGAGCGACUGGCCACUAGGGUGGAGGUCCUGCAGGUCUGUCUCCAGCAAGCGGAGCGGACGGAUCAGACGCUUCAAGAACAGCAAGCCAUACGCAGUCAGAAACUGGAGGAGUUGUGCACCUGGAUGAAUCAGGCUGAGAACAGGCUGGUGGAUCCACAGGGAGCAGCUAGGGAAGGGGACCUUGCUGUGCUGGAACAGAGGCAGAGUGAUAUUAAGGAUCUGCAGAGGAGCAUGCACAGCCGGGCAGCUUCCUUCGCCAGCAUCUUGAAAGCAACAGAGGAGUUUCUAGAGGAGAACCGGACUAAACUAGACCCCAGGGAGCUGGCAUCCCUGCAAGAAAGACUCUGUCAGGCUAAGGAACGGUACCAGUCCCUGCAGGAGAGGACAGAGGCGGCUCAGAAGGAGCUCAAGAGUGCCGUGAGCACUGUGGUGCAGCAGCAGACAGAAAAGGUUAGAGCUGUCAAAGACUUUGAAGAAAAUCGGAAUAAGAUCGAAUCCCUUCUGCAUUGGGUGGCAUCCUUAGAGCAACCCCGAAAGCUCGCAGAAGGUAAACUCCAUGUAGCGGGGCUCGGAACUGGAGGAUAUGGAGAGGGAAGCAUCCAAGAUACUCCCGACGGUCAAUUCACGGAGGUGGGCAGAGCCGAAGAAGAUCUCACUUUGCACUACGAGAGCUUGAAGCUCCACCACCAAGAGCUUCUCUCUCAGCAGCAAGAUGUCCUUCUAGCCACGCAGUCAGCUCAGGCCUUCCUGGACAAGCAAGGCCAUAAUCUAACUCCAGAGGAGAAGCAGAGGCUCCAGGAGAGGCUGGAGGAGCUGAGGGACCAGUACGCCACGGCCUUGUCUCAGUCGGAGGUGCAGCUUAAGCAAGCACAGGCUCUUCGUGAUGAGCUGCAGAAAUUUCUCCGAGACCACAUGGAGUUUGAGGCUUGGCUGGAACAGGCUGAAGAAGAGUUGGAGGGGAUGCGUGCUGGAGACGGCAGCCUCGAGUCCCUUCAGCCCCUGCUCCGCCGGCAAGGCAGCUUUGCGGAAGAUGUGAUCUCCCACAAAGGGGAUUUGCGGUUUGUCACAAUGUCUGGGCAGAAAGUGCUGGACGCAGAGACGGUGGUGGCUGGUGGUGCCGGAGGGCCUUCAGGACCUGCGGUCUUAGCCACUGGGACAUUAGUGAAGAACAAGUUGGAAGAUGCCACCAAGAGAUACAGUGCUCUCCAUUCCAAGUGCACUAUGCUUGGUUCCCAUCUAAGCAUGCUUCUGGAUCGCUCUCAGCAAUUCCAGAAUGUAGCAGAAUCUCUCCGGAUGUGGCUACAAGAGAGUGAAGAGGCUGUGGCAGCCCUCCUAUCGGAGCCCGUUUCUUCAGACCCGGUCAUUUUGCAGGGGCAGCUUGCCAGUGCCAAACGUCUGCAGGAAGAUCUUGCAGAGCAUCAGGUGCCUGUAGAGAAGCUAGAGAAGGCAGCCCGGUCCCUCUUGGAAAUACAUGAAGCGCCCUUGCCUGACCACAGAGGCAUUCAGGAAACUACAGAUUCCCUUCUGAGCCGCUUCCAGAGUCUGUCUUGUCGGAUGGCGGAGCGCUCAGAUCUCUUGCAGAAGUCCAUUGCUCAGUCUCAGAGUGUCCAGGAGGGGCUGGAAAGUCUCCUUCAGUCCAUGGCUGAGAUAGAGAAAAACCUCCAAAGGGGAGGUGUGGCUGCUUUCUCCUCCACCUCCAUCCAGGAGGCCCUUGCCACAAACAUGAAGCUGAAGCAGGACAUUGCCAGACAAAAGAGCAGCCUUGAAGCCACCCGGGAGAUGGUGACCCGGUUCAUAGGGACAGCUGACAGCUCUACAGCUGCUGCCCUGCAGAGCAAGCUGGCUGAGGUCACAGAGCGCUUCGGUAGCCUUUGGCGGCAGCAGCAGGAGAAGCAGGAUGCACUGAAGGGUCUCCUCCCUAAGGUGGAGCAAUACGAGCACCUUUCUGAGAAGCUGCAGCAGUUCAUGGAGAGCAGGACGCGACUGCUGGCCUCAGGAAACCAGCCAGAUCAUGACAUUGCUCACUUUGCCCAACAGGUCCAGGAACUGAAUACUGAGAUGAAGCAGCACCACGAAGACUUGGACACGUUGGAAUGUCUGACCACAGAACUGAGCUCUUGUGGUUUUGCCGCAGCAGGCUCCUCCUCACAUCAGCAGAAGGUGCAAAGUUUACGGAAAGACUUCAUGCAGUUGCAGAAAGCAGCAAAGGAAAGAGAGAAAGGUGCAUCCUCUUGCCGGGAACAGUUGGAUGAGUUCCGAAAACUAGUUGGAUCCAUCAAGCAAUGGCUGAAAGAAACAGAGGGAAAUAUCCCAGCCACGGAGGCUUCUUUGGGUACCCAUGAGCUGGAGAAGCGGAUGCAGCAAAUUGAGCAGGUGAUCUUGGAAGAAUGGACAGAGAAGGGAGUUCUUGUGGAUGAGAUCAACCGCAGAGGGACGGCUUUGGAGAGUUUGAUAGUUGAGAUUACGGCCCCUGAUGCCCAGUCUAAAGCAGGUUCUGUGCUGCCGGCUGGGGGAAGUUCUGUAGGCAGCGUUAAUGGAUAUCACACCUGCAAAGAUUUGACAGAGAUCCAGUGUGAUGUGUCAGAUGUCAACCAGCACUAUGAGGGGCUUGGUGCCACCUUACGGGGGCGCCAGGAACAGCUAUCAGCCAUGUUGGCAAAGAUGAGAGAAGUCCAGGAGGAGGUGGGCUCUGUGCUGAAGUGGCUGGAGUCGAAGGAGCGGGCCUUGACAGCAAUGGAAGCUUCCUCCUCGCCAACCAAGUCGGAAACGAUGAGAGCUCAGGCAGAGCACAACAAGGCAUUUCUGGCUGAGCUGGAGCAGAAUGCUGAGAAAGUACAGAAAGCAAAAGAGUCUCUCUCUGGACUCCUGGAGAAAUAUCCCGAAUCGCCAGAAGCAGGAAACUGGAAGCGGAUGUUGGAGGACUUAAAUUCCAGGUGGGCGCAUGCCACCCAGGUGACAGCGGAGCGCCAGCAGAAGUUGGAGAAGUCAGCAAGCGAGCUGGCAAGCUUCCAGGUGGCUGAGGGCCAGCUGCGUCCCUGGCUGAUGGAGAAGGAGCUCAUGAUGAGUGUGUUGGGCCCGCUCUCCAUCGACCCCAACAUGCUGAACGCACAGAAGCAGCAGGUCCAGUUCAUGCUGAAGGAAUUUGAGUCCCGCAAACCCCAGUAUGAUCAGCUGAAUGAGGCAGCCCAAGGAAUACUCGCCAACCCCAGCGAAAUGUCUCCGUCCACCAACAGCAUGCAGGAGGAGCUCCAGGCUGUUAACCAGAAGUGGACUGAGCUCACCGAGCGGCUCAACUCGCGCUCAAGCCAAAUUGACCAGGCCAUUGUCAAGAGCACCCAGUACCAAGAGCUGCUCCAGGGGCUCUCUGAGAAGGUGAAGGCUGCUGGGCAGCGCCUGAGCACCCAGCCCGCCAUCAGUACCCAGCCAGAGGCUGUGAAGCAACAACUCGAGGAAACAAGUGAAAUCCGGUCCGACCUAGAGCAGCUGGAAGAGGAGAUCACAGAGGCUCAGGCCCUGUGUGAGGAGCUCUCUGUUCUCAUUGGGGAACAGUACCUCAAAGAUGAGCUGAAGAAGCGCUUGGAGACAGUGGCCCUCCCCCUCAAAGGGCUGGAGGAUUUGGCAGGUGACCGGAUGAAUCGAUUGCAGGUGGUGCUCGCAAGCUCCCAGCAGUUCCAGCAGAUGUUUGAUGAGCUCCAUACGUGGCUGGAUGACAAGCUGAGGCAGCAGGCACAGAGUCGGCCAAUCUCAGCCAAGCUGGAGAGGCUGCAGUCUCAGAUCCAGGAACAGGAAGAAUUCCAAAAGAGCCUCAACCAGCACAGUGGUUCCUACGAAAUGAUUGUGAUGGAGGGCGAGUCUUUGCUUCUCUCUGUUCAUGCCGGGGAGGAGAGAGCCAGUUUGCAAAGCCAGCUGGUCAGCUUGAAAGCAAACUGGGAGGAGCUUAGCAAACAAAUCAUGGACCGGCACUCCAAACUCAAGGACUGCUUACAGAAGGCUCAGAAAUACCAGCGUCACAUUGAAGAUCUUUUCCCAUGGGUGGAGGACUGCAGGUCAAAGAUGCUAGAGUUGGAAGUCACUCUGGAUCCAGUGCAGCUGGAAGCCAUGCUCCUGAGGUCAAAGGCUAUGCUGAGUGAUGUGGAGAAACGUCGCUCCCUUCUGGAGAUGCUGAACAGUGCCGCUGACAUCCUCAUCAAUGCCUCAGAAAUGGAUGAAGAUGAUGUUCGGGAUGAGAAAGCCGGGAUCAACCAGAAGAUGGAUGCCAUUACAGAGGAGCUCCAAGCAAAGACCGGAUCCCUGGAAGAAAUGUCACAAAGGUUGAAGGAGUUCCAAGAAAGUUUUAGGAACAUUGAGAAGAAACUAGAAGGGACAAAGCACCAGCUGGAAAUCUAUGAGGCUCUAGGCCCACAGGCCUGCAGUGGAAAGAACUUGGAGAAGUUGAAAGCCCAACAGGAGGUUCUCCAGGCGUUGGAACCCCAGGUGGAUUACCUGAGAAAUCUCACCCAAGGCCUGGUGGAAGAUGCCCCUGAUGGAUCCGACUCCUCCCAUCUCUUAAGACAAGCUGAGAUUACCCAGCAAGAUUUCAAAGCAGUCAAGCAAAAAGUCAAUGAAUGUUGCCUACUUAUGGAGAGCAAGCUGGAAGGGAUUGGACAGUUUAAUAAUCACGUUCGGGAGAUGUUCUCCCAGCUGGCCGACCUAGACGAUGAAUUCGAUAGCAUGGGCCCUGUUGGGAGAGACAUGGACAGCCUGCAGUCUCAAACAGAGGAUGUCCAUGAAUUCCUGGGCAAACUUCAAAGGCUGAGGUUGGACAUCCAAGCUUCUGAAGAGAAAUGCAGGCAGAUGUUGGAAGAUGAAGGAAGUCCCGAUCUCAUAGGGUUGAAACGUGAAUUGGAGACCUUAAAUAAACAGUGUGGCAAACUGGCUGAAAGAGGCAAAAGCCGCCUGGAGCAGGUGGAGACAACGCUGGCUCGCAUCAAGGACUUCUACAACAAACUGAAGGAACUGAACUACAUGACAGCCACGGCAGAAGACAGCGAAGCAUUGCAGUGGGUAGUCGGGACAGAGGUGGAUGUCAUCAACCAGCAGCUGGCAGAUUUCAAGACAUUCCAGAAGGAGCAAGUUGACCCCCUUCAGCUCAAACUACAGCAAGUCAAUGGGCUCGGGCAGGGACUCAUCCAGAGUGCAGGGAAGAACUGUGACGUGCAGGGCUUGGAGCAUGACAUGGAAGGCAUCAAUGCCCGUUGGAACACCCUCAACAAAAAGGUGGCCCAGAGGAUUGCACAGCUGCAGGAGGCCCUGUUGCAUUGUGGGAAGUUCCAGGAUGCCUUGGAACCUUUGCUCAGCUGGCUGGCAGACACCGAGGAGCUCAUCUCCAAUCAGAAGCCACCGUCUGCUGAAUACAAAGUGGUGAAGGCUCAGAUUCAGGAGCAAAAGCUGCUCCAACGUCUCCUGGAUGACCGGAAAGCUACUGUUGAGAUGAUCCAAGCAGAGGGUGGGAGAAUCGCGCAGUCUGCUGAACCAGCAGACAGAGAGAAGAUAGUUGCCCAACUGGACAGUCUUGGAAGCCACUGGGCAGGACUUCUCAGCAAAGCUGCAGCCAGGCAAAAUCAACUGGAGGAGAUCCUGGUUUUGGCCAAGCAGUUCCACGAGACAUCAGAGCCCAUAUCUGACUGGCUGUCAGUGACAGAAAAAAAACUGGCCAACUCUGAGCCGAUUGGGACUCAGACCGCCAAAAUUCAGCAGCAGAUUACCCGGCAUAAGGCGCUUGAGGAAGAGAUAGAGAGUCAUGGCUCAGCUGUGACGCGGGCGGUCACCCUUGGACAGUCCCUGGCCUCCCUGAGCUGCUGUGCCGAGCAGGCCUUGCUGGCUGACAAGCUUGACCUGCUUGAGUCCCGCUACGCCGAGAUUUGUGACCGGUGUGGCCGGAAGGCUGCCCUUCUUGACCAGGCCUUGUCCAACGCCCGGCUCUUUGGGGAGGACGAGGUGGAGGUGCUCAACUGGCUGGCUGAGGUCGAGGACAAGCUCAGCUCAGUCUCCGUCAAGGAUUACAAGCGGGAUGUCCUGCAGAGGCACCAUGCCGACCAGCUGGCCUUAAAUGAUGAGAUUGUGAACCGCAAGAAGAAUGUAGACCAGGCCAUUAAGAAUGGACAGGCCCUUCUGAAACAAACCACAGGGGAAGAAGUGCUGCUUAUCCAGGAGAAACUUGACGGCAUCAAGACCCGCUAUUCAGACAUCACCACUGCCAGCUCCAAGGCUCUCCGCACGCUCGAGCAGGCCCGGCAGCUGGCCACCAAGUUCCAGUCCACGCAUGAGGAGCUGACGGGCUGGAUGAGUCAGGUGGAAGAGGAGGUGACGUCCGGUGGAGAGCAUUCUCCUGUCGGGGAGCAGAUCCCUCAGUUUCAGCAGAGGCAGAAGGAACUAAAGAAGGAGGUGAUGGAACACAGGCUUAUUCUGGACACUGUGAAUGAAGUGAGUCGUGCCCUCCUGGAGCUGGUGCCCUGGCGUGCACGUGAAGGGCUGGAUAAGCUCGUCUCCGACACUAAUGAGCGAUACAAGCUGAUCAGUGACACUAUCAAGCAAAGGGUGGAAGAAAUAGAUGCUGCUAUACAGAGGUCCCAGCAGUACGAGCAAGCAGCUGACUCAGAGCUUGCCUGGGUUGCUGAGACAAAGCGGAAGCUGAUGGCACUUGCCCCAACUCGCCUGGAACAAGACCAAACAACAGCACAGCUACAGGUCCAAAAGGCUUUCUCCAUUGACAUCAUCCGACACAAAGAUUCUGUGGAUGAGCUGCUCAACCAGAGGAACGAGAUCUUUGGGACCUGUGGAGAAGAACAGAAAGCCAUGCUGCAGGAGAAGACAGAGUGUCUUCUGAAGCAGUACGAUGAUGUCAGCCACCUCAAUUCGGAGCGCUAUGCCCGCUUGGAGCGUGCCCAGGUCUUAGUCAACCAGUUCUGGGAGACCUACGAAGAGCUCAGUCCUUGGCUUGAAGAGACACAGGUGCUGAUUGGACAGUUGCCCCCUCCAGCAGUCGACCACGAGCACCUCAAGCUGCAACAAGAAGACAUGAGGCAACUGAGGGAGUCGAUUGCUGAACACAAACCCCACAUUGAUAAGCUGCUGAAAAUUGGGCCACAGCUGAAGGAGCUAAACCCAGAAGAAGGGGAGAUGGUGCAGGAGAAGUACUUGAUGGCGGAAGCCAUGUAUUCCCGGAUUAAAGAGGAGGUCCGCCAGCGGGCUCUGGCGCUCGAUGAGGCUGUCUCACAGUCAACCCAGUUCCAUGACAAGAUCGAGCCAAUGCUGGAGGCGCUGGAGAACCUCUCCUCCCGCCUGCGGAUGCCUCCCCUCAUCCCAGCUGAGGUUGAGAAGAUCCGGGAGUGCAUCAGUGACAACAAAAAUGCCACCAUGGAGCUGGAUAAGCUGCAGCCGUCCUUUGAGGCCCUGAAGCGCCGUGGGGAAGAGCUGAUAGGACGAUCACAGGGCGCAGACAGGGAUCUGGCAGCCAAAGAAAUCCAGGAUAAAUUAGACCGAAUGGUGUUUUUCUGGGAAGACAUUAAAGCCCGGGCUGAGGAACGUGAAAUCAAGUUCCUUGAUGUCUUGGAACUGGCAGAGAAAUUCUGGUAUGACAUGGCUGCCCUCCUGGCCACAAUCCGAGAUACACAGGACAUUGUCCAUGAUCUGGAGAGCCCAGGGAUUGACCCAUCCAUCAUCAAACAGCAGGUCGAAGCAGCGGAGACAAUCAAGGAGGAAACGGACAGUUUGCAUGAAGAACUGGAAUUCAUCCGUAUCCUUGGGACUGAUCUGAUUUUUGCCUGCGGAGAGACAGAAAAACCAGAAGUGAAGAAGAGCAUUGAUGAGAUGAACAGUGCCUGGGAGAACCUGAACAAAACCUGGAAGGACAGGCUGGAGCAGCUGGAGGAGGCCAUGCAGUCUGCAGUGCAAUACCAGGACACGCUGCAGGCCAUGUUUGACUGGCUGGACAACACAGUGAUUAAACUCUGCAACAUGCCCCCAGUGGGAACGGACCUCAACACUGUCAAAGAACAGCUGAAUGAGAUGAAGGAAUUUAAAAUGGAUGUUUACCAGCAGCAAAUUGAGAUGGAAAAACUGAAUCACCAGGGGGGACUUAUGCUUAAAAAAGCAACAGACGAGACAGACAGAGACCUCAUCAAGGAGCCACUGACGGAGCUGAAGCAUCUGUGGGAAAACCUGAGUGACAAAAUAGCCCGUCGGCAGCACAAGCUGGAAGGUGCCCUCUUGGCCCUUGGCCAGUUUCAACACGCUUUGGCCGAACUGAUCGCCUGGCUGACCCACACAGAAGAGCUGCUGGAUGCACAGAGGCCCAUCAAUGGCGACCCCAAGGUCAUUGAAGUGGAGUUAGCUAAGCACCAUGUGCUGAAAAAUGAUGUGUUGGCCCAUCAAUCCACAGUGGAAACAGUGAACAAGGCUGGCAAUGAGCUCCUGGAAUCCAGCGCAGGGGACGAUGCCAGCAGCCUCCGGAACCGCCUGGAGACAAUGAAUUCGUGCUGGGAAUCAGUGCUGCAGAAGACGGAGGAGCGGGAACAACAGCUGCAGAUGACCCUUCAGCAGGCUCAAGGUUUCCAUGGCGAAAUUGAAGACUUCCUCCUGUGGCUCACAAGGAUGGAGAACCAACUGUCGGCCUCUAAACCGACAGGUGGGCUGCCAGAGACUGCCCGGGAACAACUGAACGCCCACAUGGAGCUGUAUGCCCAGUUUAAAGCCAAUGAAGAGGUCUACAGCCAGCUCCUGGCUAAGGGAAAACUGAUACUCCUGAGCCGUGAUGACUCUGGAUCAGGGUCAAAGACGGAGCAAAGUGUGGCUCUCUUGGAGCAGAAGUGGGGCCUUGUCAGUACGAAGAUGGAAGAGAGAAAGUCCAAGCUGGAAGAGGCCCUCAACUUGGCGACGGAGUUCCAGAACUCCCUGCAAGAUUUCAUCAACUGGCUUACCCUCGCGGAACAGAGUCUGAAUGUUGCUCCUCCACCUAGCCUGAUGCUCAACGCUGUGCUCUCACAGAUAGAUGAUCACAAGGUUUUUGCUAACGAAGUGAAUGCCCACCGGGACCAGAUCAUUGGCCUGGACCAAAGCGGGAACCAGCUGAAGUUUCUCAGCCAGAAGCAGGACGUGGUUCUUAUCAAGAACCUCCUGGUCAGCGUACAGUCGCGCUGGGAGAAGGUUGUCCAGCGAUCUGUUGAAAGAGGGCGGGCCUUGGAUGAUGCCAGGAAGCGGGCAAAACAGUUCCAUGAAGCUUGGAAAAAGCUGGUUGACUGGCUGGAAGAUGCAGAAAAUCACUUGGACUCUGAGCUGGAAAUUUCAAAUGAUCCUGACAAGAUCAAAUUGCAGCUGUCUAAACACAAGGAGUUCCAAAAAACCCUGGGUGGCAAACAGCCUGUUUAUGACACCACGAUCCGGACAGGAAGGGCCCUGAAAGAGAAAGCUCAGUUCCCAGAUGACAGCCAAAGCCUGGACCAUCUCCUUGGAGAAGUCCGUGACAAAUGGGACACCGUAUGUGGCAAAUCUGUGGAAAGGCAGCACAAACUGGAAGAGGCACUUCUGUUUUCUGGCCAGUUCAUGGAUGCGUUGCAGGCGUUGGUUGACUGGCUGUACAAGGUGGAGCCACAGUUGGCUGAAGACCAGCCUGUCCAUGGAGACCUGGAUCUGGUCAUGAACCUAAUGGAUGCUCACAAGGUUUUCCAGAAGGAGCUUGGCAAGCGAACAGGCACCGUCCAGGUUCUCAAACGUUCAGGCCGGGAGCUGAUUGAGAACAGCCGUGAUGACACCACGUGGGUGAAAGUGCAGCUGCAAGAGCUGAGCAGCCGCUGGGACACUGUCUGCAAGAUGUCCGUCCUGAAGCAAACUCGGCUGGAGCAGGCCCUGAAGCAGGCAGAAGAGUUCCGGGCUGCUGUCCAUUUGCUGCUGGAAUGGCUCUCUGAAGCAGAGCAGACCCUCCGCUUCCGGGGAGCGUUGCCUGACGAUGCUGAAGCCCUGCAGGCUCUCAUUGACGUCCACAAGGAGUUCAUGAAGAAAGUUGAAGAGAAAAGGCUGGAUGUGAAUGCUGCUGUGGGGAUGGGGGAAGUCAUCUUAGCCGUGUGCCACCCUGACUGCAUCACCACCAUCAAGCACUGGAUCACUAUCAUCCGAGCUCGGUUUGAAGAAGUCCUCACAUGGGCAAAGCAGCACCAGCAACGUCUCGAUGUGGCCCUGUCGGAGCUGGUGGCCAAUGCCGAGCUGCUGGAGGAGCUCCUGGCGUGGAUUCAGUGGGCCGAGACGACACUGAUCCAGCGGGACCAGGAGCCGAUGCCGCAGAACAUUGACCAAGUCAAAGCCCUCAUUGUAGAGCACCAGUCCUUCAUGGAAGAAAUGACCCGAAAGCAGCCAGAUGUGGAUCGCGUCACGAAAACAUACAAGAGGAAAGCCACAGAACCGCCCCACGGACCUUUCAUUGAGAAAUCCCGAAGCAAUAGAAAACCCCUGAACCAGAAAGCCCCACCCCCAAUGCCCAUUCUCUCCCAAUCUGAAGCGAAGAAUCCGCGCAUCAACCAGCUUUCAGCACGCUGGCAGCAGGUGUGGCUGCUGGCGCUGGAGCGGCAACGCAAGCUCAACGAUGCCCUGGAUCGGCUAGAAGAGUUGAAAGAGUUUGCAAACUUUGACUUUGAUGUGUGGCGGAAGAAGUACAUGCGCUGGAUGAACCACAAAAAAUCACGCGUGAUGGACUUCUUCCGGCGGAUUGACAAAGACCAAGAUGGGAAAAUCACCAGGCAGGAAUUCAUUGAUGGGAUCCUGGCAUCUAAAUUCCCCACUACUAAGUUAGAGAUGACUGCAGUAGCUGACAUCUUUGACCGCGAUGGGGAUGGUUACAUUGACUACUAUGAGUUUGUAGCUGCACUACACCCUAACAAAGAUGCUUACCGGCCAACAACAGACGCAGACAAAAUUGAGGAUGAGGUGACAAGGCAGGUGGCUCAGUGUAAAUGUGCAAAGAGGUUCCAGGUGGAACAGAUUGGAGAGAACAAGUACCGGUUCUUCCUCGGCAACCAGUUUGGCGACUCGCAGCAGCUGCGGCUGGUCCGUAUCCUGCGUAGCACAGUUAUGGUUCGUGUGGGUGGAGGAUGGAUGGCCCUGGAUGAGUUUUUAGUGAAGAACGAUCCUUGCAGAGUUCACCACCCUGGAAGUAAAAUAAAACGCUCUGACUCCAGCUCUUCGAUUGCCAGUCAGUCUCCUAUAGCACGAGGAAGAACUAACCUUGAACUUCGAGAGAAGUUCAUUUUGCCAGAGGGAGCUUCUCAGGGAAUGGCGCCGUUCCGGUCCCGGGGGCGCAGGUCCAAGCCCUCCUCUCGGGCAGCAUCCCCAGCGCGGUCCAGUUCUAGCGCCAGCCAGAGCAAUCACAGCUGCCCUUCGAUGCCCUCCUCUCCAGCCACGCCUGCGAGCGGGACGAAGACUCCGCAUCACUUCACUCGCUGUUAUGACAAACCCUGGUUGGUAAACAGCAAGGCAGGUACCCCUUUGAGGGGCUACGAUAAUGCUGACCUCCACCUGUCUGCUUCUGAGGCCGUCCCAACUUCAAGCAGCAAGCUGAAACGACCCACUUUCCACUCCAGCCGAACUUCCCUCGCUGGCGGCGAUACCAGUAACAGUUCCUCGCCAGUUUCUUCAGGUGCCAAAACCAGUCGGGCUGAUCCUAAGAAAACAGGCAGUCGCCCUACCAGCCGUGCCGGCAGCCGUGCCGGCAGCCGUGCCAGCAGCCGGCGGGGCAGCGACGCGUCUGACUUCGACCUCCUGGAAACACAGUCGGCCUGUUCAGACACUUCCGAAAGCAGUGCGACCGGUGGGCAGAGCAGCUCUCGGCGAGGCAUGGCAAAGCCCUCCAAAAUCCCCACCAUGUCCAAGAAAACGCCCACAGCCGCCCCGAAAACACCAGGCCCCAAGAGAUAAUACCCCUUUCACCCAUGCCCACGUCUAAACACACACACACACACACACACAGAAAAACCUGUGUCCAUUUUUUAACCUGCUUCAUACAUUGGAUGUAUAUUUAUUCUACAUGGGAGAAAUUAUAUUGUUAAAAGUGUAAAAGAAUUGUGUUAUGAAGCUGCCUUAUUUUGUUCUGUUAAUUUUUUUUCUAAGUUACUAUUUUCAUGUGAAUAUUUAUGUAGAUAUAACUUGCCUUCUGGUGACCUCCUUGUGCUGGGAGGGCCUGGGGGGGAUGAAAUGUGGGAGAGAAUGGAAGCAAGCAAAAAGGUCAAGAUGUGAAAAUGUAAAAACAAAAAAUAAAAAGAUAUAAAUAGGAUUUCUGUGCAGUGCAGGAAGUGAUCCUGCUUUAUCUUUUAGGAUUGUUUCCUAAAUGCAUCUUUAUAAAAUCUUAACUUGCUGUCUCAGCAAGGUAAAUUAUAUUUAAAAACAACACCUGAAUAUCCAGCAGUGUUCAACGAAUUCUCUGGUCUUUUUCUUUUUCUUUUUUUUUAAAUCAUGGAUACCUCAAUAAGAGAGAAACAUGAGGUGAUGGGGAUCUGGAGCUUCUGUUUCCAGUUUUUAAAAGAAAUUGUGGUUUUAUCUGACGAUAAAGUGGAGUGAGUUUGAAUUAAUAAAUUGAAAAAAAAAUUGCACACACGCUUCAUACAAGUAAAGACGUUCACUAAAAAUGCUGUAUUUAGCGAAAUGAAAGUACUGUCAGCCGCUGAGCUUUUAAAGAACAACUAAUACUAUGUUUUCAGGGCGUUACACUUGAAGCUGUCCAGAAACAUCACACAGGUGUGGAAGAUUCCUGGGGUUGGGAAUGCACGGCACAUCCUUUGAGCAGUGGAACUGAAGGGGAGUUUCCACCACCUGGUUCUUCUCUCACACUGCUGUUUAAACAAAAAAACUGACUUCACUUUUUAGUUCAUGAACUGCUAUUUAACUGCAUUUUUUCCUAUUUAUUGUCUCAACUGGUUAAGGCCACUCCUGACCUAACUGGCAUUCGGGAGGCCCCUCCACACUCCAGAGAGGAAGACAGCGCUGCCUUCAACACGCACAGGAGCUUGUUCCUGGAAAUGUUAAAGUGCAUCACCAGCAGCCCACUUGUGUGCCUCCCUUUUGCUCACUUUUAUAUGCUCCUUUUUCCUUUGUGGAGGGAAAGUUAUAAAACAAAACCAAGCUAACUAUGUGACAGUAACCAAGGGGGAGGGAAAGGGAGUUGGGGGCUUACCUGGGCCUUCCUGUAUUUAUUAACUUUUGCUCUUUCCCUUGCUCUGACCAUAUUGCUGUGUGAUUCUCUCAGUUGGUUUAAUUGAGCCAGAACCUGACGCUCUACCAAUGAAUUGUUUUAAAAAAAAGACACUUUUUUGUAUUAAAAUUGCUUGC